ACCAAUUGAAGGCGUUAGCUUGCUACGACACGGAUAGCCUGUCACCACUGAUUUGAUAAUUGCACUCCAAAAUGAAGUCUAUCCUAAUAUGUGUUGCUGUUUUGAUUUUAUCAAACAUUACUACCGGCAGUAUAAGCAACCCAGUUGUUAUAACUCAGCCAACCACCUCUGUUACAACUGAGAAGCCAAGCACCACCUCUGUUACAACUGAGAAGCCAAGCACCACCUCUGUUACAACUGAGAAGCCAAGCACCACCUCUGUUACAACUGAGAAGCCAAGCACCACCUCUGUUACAACUGAGAAGCCAAGCACCACCUCUGUUACAACUGAGAAGCCAAGCACCACCUCUGUUACAACUGAGAAGCCAAGCACCCCUAAUGUUACAACUGAGAAGUCAAGCACCCCUAAUGUUACAACUGAGAAGCCAAGCACCCCUAAUGUUACAACUGAGAAGCCAAGCACCCCUAAUGUUACAACUGAGAAGCCAAGCACCCCUAAUGUUACAACUGAGAAGCCAAGCACCCCUAAUGUUACAACUGAGAAGCCAAGCACCCCUAAUGUUACAACUGAGAAGCCAAGCACCCCUAAUGUUACAACUGAGAAGCCAACCACUCACAUACCAAUUCCAAAACGAUCAACUAAGUAUGUUGUGACUGGAGCUAAUGGACAACGUUGUAUUGUUAUAACUACUGAGAUAUCUUAUAAAUAUUCUUAUAAGAAUAUUUCUGAAAAUGGGUCAAUCUUUUCAAAUGCGACACAUAAUGGCACUUGCAAUGAUACAGCUGAUGAACUGUCAAUUUACUCAUCAAAUGUUCAUUUAGACUUAGUUUUUGCAAAAAAUGUAUCUACAAAGUUUUUGAAGAAGGUUGUACUAUCAUUUGGGGAUCAAAAUUUAACUGAUUCCAAAGACAAUAUGAAUGAAUUACUAUUGAAGGAUAAUGAAUAUUUUAUUUGUAAAUCAAGUAAAAAGAUAACUUUGAACAACUCAGUUAUUACCUUCUCAGACCUGACUUUGGAUAUCUUCAGAAAUGCUACUAAUACAACUACUCUUGGAUCACGACACAUUUGCGUUGAAGAUAUGAAGACAAGCAGCAUUGUUCCUAUUGCUGUGGGAGCUGCCUUAGCUGGCUUAGUAAUCACUGUCCUUAUUGCCUAUCUAAUCGGUAGAAAACGAAGCAGGAGAGGCUAUGAAUCCGUUUAAAAAGUAAUGCGUAUGAGUUUGUGUGCACAUGCAUUUGUGAUGGUAGUGUGUGUAUGUAUCCAUUUGCAUAUGUGUAUGUAUAUACAUGCAUAUUUGUAUAUAUGUGUAUAUGUAUGUAUAUAUCUUUAUACAUGUGUGUGUGUGUGGGUGGGUGUGUGUGUGUAUAUAUUAUAUGUAAGCAACUUUUGUACUUCCCAAUCUUGACACUCUUGUUUUCUAAGAAAACAUUUUCUUUUAAGGUAGAUAUGAAUAAUACAGAAUAUAUCCUAGUUUGAGUAAAACUGAUUACUACCUGUUUCUAAUAGGAUUUUUGAUUUCUUCCUAGUUUCAAAUUUUACUUAUUUAACUUUUCUCCUCUUACCUAUUUCAGCAGUUUGACGCACACUAGAAAAGUCUUUAUUUUUAAUAGAUUAUAUUCAGGCUCGGAUUUUUUUUUUGUCUGAUUUGACUUUUGGCUUUUUCCAUUUAAAGAUUUUUUUUUUUUUAAUCAUACAAUUAUUGAAAUAAAUAUUGUACAAGAUUGUUUUAGAACAUCUUGAGAGAAAAAGCAAACUCAGAUUUCGAAUUCUGCACUUUGGCUUCAUGACUUGUUUUUGUUUGUAGAAAGCAUUGUUGCAUCUUUUAUUUUUCAAGGUAGUUAUAUGGUGCAGUUAGUAAAAACCAAUUUGGAUUAGAUGCUUAUUUAGUGAUCCAUUGUUUCAAAAUGUUCUCAUGUUUACCCUUUAGUCUGUUGACAUAAUAUUUAGGGUUGGAUUUGAUGACCUUUAUAACUGUAGCUCACCAAAUAGGUAAUAACACAAGGACUAGUAGAGCAAGGUUAAAUGAAAUGAACAGGAGACAAUUACAUUGAACACUUGUCUGAGCUAGUAUGUACAAACAGUAAAACCAAUAUGUAUGUUUUGUUUGUUUAAAUUUGGUUCAUUCUUGCUGAAACUUAUUAUCUUCCAACAUUUUGUUGACAUUCUAUUUAUGGGUUCUCUUUCACAAGAGAAUAAUUCUCUAGCAGUGACUAUUGCCUGAUAGAAAUUCCCUUUCUGAAUAUGUCUAAUCUAAUAUUAAAUUUUAUAAAACUUCUAUCUAGUCUCCUUGAAAUUACCAAUGUAGCUAAAAAAAUUUAGUUCAACAGUUCGUCAGUGCAUGUAUGCAUUAUGCUUGCAGUGUGUGUGUGUGUGUGUGUGUGUGUGUGUGAGAGAGAGAGAGAGAUUUCACUUUCAGUUCUUGUAAACACCAGCCCAGUCAAUUUCUUAAGAUGGGCAUAAAUGUUUUAAAUUAGGGUUGUGUGGUGACAUGUAACACAAAAGUUCAAGUUAUUUUUUUGUCUUUUAAUAUCAGUUUUGAUACUUAUCAAAAAGGGAAAUUUUGCUUUUUCAAAAUUUUAUUCAGUAAUAUUUAUUUCCCUAGAUAUUUUUUCUAAUUUUGUUUGCAACUAAUAAUUCCCUCUCAAUAAUGCCUUAGGUUCUUCUAUAACAUAAAGGAAUUUAUUUUUUAUUUUUUUUAUAUAUCCAUAUAUUAAACUUAAGAUGUAUCUCAGGUGGGGUAAAAUUGUAUUUUUGAAGUCGGAUUUCUCUAUUAAUAUUGAAAUUUAAUCUUUAUAUAAAUUUACAAAACUUAGCUAGGUUCUAUUUAUAGAUCUUUUUAUCAAUAAUCCACAUCCCAGUUUCAGGCCACAAUAUUCCUUCUCUACUCCCCAACUAAUUUGAACUGAGCAGGAUAAGAUGUAUAGAAAGUGAAAAGUAUACGCCUCUAUUUUGUUAAUAAAUUUUUAUUAUUGA